GGGAAGAUGCGGAGCAAAGGCAGGAAGGAGAGCCUGUCCGACUCCCGGGACCUGGACGGCUCCUACGACCAGCUCACGGGCAACCCGCCGGGCCAAACUAAAAAAGCGCUGAAGCAGCGAUUCCUCAAACUGCUGCCCUGCUGCCGGCCCAAAUCCAUCCCCUCGCUCAGCGAAAACAGUGUUGAAGAUGAGUUUGAGCUCUCCACCGUCUGCCACCGCCCUGAGGGGCUGGAGCAGCUCCAGGAGCAGACCAAAUUCACCCGCAAAGAGUUGCAGGUCCUGUACCGAGGCUUCAAGAAUGAGUGCCCAAGUGGCAUCGUUAAUGAAGAAAACUUCAAGCAGAUCUACUCACAGUUCUUCCCCCAGGGAGACUCCAGCACAUACGCCACCUUCCUCUUCAACGCCUUCGACACUGACCACGAUGGCUCCGUCAGCUUCGAGGACUUUGUGUCUGGGCUGUCCAUCAUCCUGCGGGGCACCAUUGAUGACCGCCUGAACUGGGCCUUCAAUUUGUAUGACCUGAACAAAGAUGGCUGCAUCACCAAAGAGGAAAUGCUGGACAUCAUGAAGUCCAUCUACGACAUGAUGGGCAAAUACACCUACCCAGCCAUGCGGGAGGAAGCACCCCGGGAGCAUGUGGAGAACUUCUUCCAGAAAAUGGACCGAAACAAAGACGGAGUGGUGACAAUCGAGGAGUUCCUGGAGUCCUGCCAGAAGGACGAGAACAUCAUGCGGUCCAUGCAGCUCUUCGACAACGUGAUUUAGCUCCCGGACCUGCCUCCAGCCGAGCUCUCCUGCUGCCGGGCCCAGAACCUGCUUCUCUCUUGACUUUUCCUUUGAGCCUCCCGCCGCCGGCUGCACAGGCACCCGAAGGGAAGGGGCCUCCGCUGCCGGAGACGCAGGCGGUGACGGGACGUUCCCUUCCCCGGGGCCGGCUCUGCUUUCAUGGGGGAUCCCAAGCAGGCGCUCCCAGACAUCGGAGCGUGGGCACAACCGGCACAGGGCAAGCAUUUGGCCCGGACGGACCUCCCCGCACCCUGUCCCCGGAGGGGAAGCUGCAGCCUGGGGCUGCGGCAGAGGAGGCUUCUCGCGCGCGCAGCGUCCCGCGCAGCCACGGCUCCCGCGUCCCGCGACCCUCCCCAGCCCCGGAGCCCCAGCACGGGCCCCAGCCGAGACCCUCCAGCGACACCGUCUAGGAACCAAGAGAGUCUUGCCGGCGCCAUCGGCGCCUCCGCUCCCCGUCCCGCCACCCCAGCCGUGCCCUGACGCCCGGCCCGUUCUCCCGCCGUGGCUGUGCCCCCCGGGCGAGCGCCCGCCCGGGGGAGGGCGCGGGAGCUCCCCGCGUGGGGCCCGUCCUGCCUGCACGACCCGCCGUGUCCUUCACUGCGGCAGUGACGUCCACAGGCCAAGGAGCCCACGCCGACCCCAGAGAGCCCUCCAAGCACGGAGGAUGUAGCCGGAGCCCAGCAGCCCCCAGCCCGGCUCGGCUGCCCCACAGCAGAUGUGGGGCUGGCAUCGCGCCGCCAAGGGCCGGCGACGCCUGGCAUCGGUGGGAAAGGGCUGAGCAAGGCCAGAGGGUCCAUGCUGGGCCAAGCCCCCAGACCCAGGUUGAGCCCCUGGUGUCAGAGCCGCUAGAAACGCCCCCCCCUCAACGGGGCCCUGAGCCAAAGCUAUGGGGCUGCCCCCCAGCAGGACAAUUCCUGGCCCAGCCCUUGCAGACCUGGUAUGGGUUUUUUUAUUAUUAUUUUUGUCUUGGGUUCAGUCCGUCCAUCUCAGAGUCCUGUUCCUGGGUUCGCCGUGGGGCUGAGCACCCAGCCACAGCCUCCCGACGGCGGCAGCGCAGGCGUCCCACGCCUUACCUCUCCUGCCUCCCUCGCCCCCCCCCGCCACUCGCCCCCCUUCCUUCCUCCCAGGGCUCCCAGCCAUCCCCCCCCCCACCGUCCUCCCCACCACCACCACGCGGAGCAGAUGCCGCCUCCCCCCUCACGCUGCAGGUCGCAUGGUGUGUGACCCCCCCCCCACCCCCCCCCCACCCCAGGGCAUGGUGACCCACAACCCGCUUGGUAUCUCCAGUCUGUAUAUUUUGUAUUAUAACAAUAAUAUGGGUUAAAAAAAAAAAGACAAUAAAAUCUAACCACAAUC